GUUUAAAAGUGCUCUUAUAAAUCAAAUAGUAUUAUAAGAGCAUCAUAUAUUUUUGUAAUAACUUUAAUUCUGCAAUUUUACGACAUGUGUUGGAUCGUUUUCAAAUUUCUUGACGAUGACGUACUUGGGCGGUUAAGUUUUGGGUAUUGGUAGGUUACAUUGUUUGUUAUUGUGGGGGGACUUUUGAGUUUUAUGAAUCUGUUCAACGAAAUGAAUCAAAACGAACCCUCGGGUUUGACGAGGAUGCUUGAUGAUUUUAGAUCGGGUACUAAUCUUCAAUACAGAAGAUCAAGUACAACAAAUCUUGGCUAUCCUCUGCCUCUGCCUACUCCCCUCACUCCAGGAACACAGAAUAGUGUUAAACGACCAUUUGAUGAUACUGUAUUAAAUGAAAAAGAUAUGUUGAUAAAGAAGUGUAAACAAUCAGAUUCAAUUUUAUCUGAUAGCUCCCUUAAUGAUUCUAUCAGUUCUUGGGAGUUUAAUCAUGUGAAGUCACAGUUGACCCAAGCAAGAGCUGAAAUAAAAACCCUUGAAAAUCGAAUCGCUCAGUUGCAUGGACACCGAAAAGAAACCGAACAGCUUUUUGAAAAAGAGAAAAAUGCCUUGAAAUCGACUGUAGAACAAAACAGAAAUAAUAUUCAGCAAUUAGAACGAAGAGUUACAACUUUAAAAAGAAGAGAAGAAAAACUCAAAGAUGAAAUUGCUAAUCUUACAGAUAAAAUGAAUUCUGAUCGAAGUGAAAAGGAAACAAAAAAUAUAAUGCUUUAUGAUGAAAACACUGAACUGAAACAUAAAAUAUCUCAGUUAGAAGAUGAAUUGUCAGAGAAAGAUCAAAAUUUCAAGUCUCUUCAUGUUGAUAAUCAGCGUUUGAAGAAUGAAAUUGAAUUAUGUAAUGAGAAAUGUAACAUUAUCAAUUCUGAAUUGUUGAAGUUAAGACAAGCAGCAUCUGAGCUUGAAACUACAAAAGCUGCUUUAGCUAAUGCACAUUUAACAAUCAAGGAACUACAAAGUGCCAAAAAAAGCUAUGAAGAAAUGGAUUUAAUGGUAAAAUCUCAACAGAAUAAACUUAUGCGAUAUUCUGAAUUAGAAAGGCAAUUAAAAUCAUAUACUCAACAGAAUUCCAAAUUAAAGGAGAGCUGCUCAAAUGCUGUUCAUCUUGAAGCAGUUGUUGAAGAAAUGAAGGCACGUUUAACCACUCUAGAAGAAAGAGAAUCUGAACUACUCAAGUUAAGAGUUGAUCUUGGAGUAGCCGAAGGAAAACUUACAGAAUACAGGAACCUUGCAACAGAAGUUCUAGGUGCUGGCUCUGGUGCUGUUCAGCUGUCAGUGUAUCUCAGGCAGUUGCAAACUAACAGCCUUCUUGCAGCAUCUCAGCAGUCUCAAUUGAAUAACAAGCUGAAGAGUAUGGAGGAUGCUGAAAAAUUGGCUCUUAGUGAAAUCAGUAAAUUGAAACAGGAUAUAGAAAAAUUAACAGAAGAACUUGCAACUACAAAUAAUAAUCUUAAAAGGCUUAAGAAACAAAAUACUCUCAUUGCUUGGGAACGUAAUGAUCUCCGAAGUCUUAUUGAUUCCUGUCAAAAAGAAGUUACUAUAAGUGGAAGUCAUCUAGUUGGUGAUGGAAGAAUUGAACUCUUGGAAAAACUUGUUGAUGGGUAUCGUGAGAGGAUUAAACAAAUGGAAGCAGAUCCUUCUCUCAUAACCCCAGUUGGAUCCAACAGCAUGUACACAAUUGAGAAAGAACAUUCUACAGCAGAAAUAGAGAAAUUGAAGAAAGAAAACCAAGCAUACAAAGAAAAGAUUGAAAAAUUAGAAUUUGAGAUUGAUCAUAGAUCUUUGAAAGGAGAUUUUAAUACACUUAAUACCAGAAUACUUCAUUUUAAGAUGAAUCCCACUGAUGAAGCUGUAAAAAACAGACAAGAUGAACUAGCUGAACUUCGAAAAGAAUUGUUUGAAACCAAAGAGCGACUAAAUCUAUAUCUUGAAGGAAAUGUGAAUGAUAUUACUCAGCAGAUAGCACAAAAAGAGGAUCUUUCAAAAGAAAUAUUAGAGCUUCGAGAGAAGAUUAAAAGUCAGGAAACUGUUAAUCAACGGUUGAAAGAAGUCUUCAAGACAAAAGGACACGAGUUCCGUGAGGCUAUUUAUGCUUUGCUUGGCUACAAAGUGGAUGGACUUCCGAAUAGCCUGUAUCGACUGUCGAGCCUCUAUGCUGAGUCCCAGGAACAACACCUUAUUUUUAAGAUGACUGGCAACGGUAUGGAACUUCUAGAGACUGAGUAUAGCAAAACGCUCGCUGAGCUGGUUGAUGACAUUCUUCUUCAACAUCACUCAAUACCUGUAUUUUUGUCAACUCUUACUAUUGAUCUUUUUAAGAAACAAAGCCAUUCGAUGACUAUGUCUGUAACUUCUAUUGCGUAAUAAUCGACUAGGAACUGGUUGUCAUUAGUCAUAGUUAAAAACGUAUGGCAUAGAUUAUUGUAAAAAUAUUUUUUAUCUUUAUUAAUUUUAAAUAUGUAGUUGUUGAUGAUUAGCGUUUUGAAUGCUUUUACUAUCAAAUAUAAUUUUAUAUUAACUGAAGAUGCAAUAUGAAUUGUACUAAAACAUUGCAUUUACUUGUACUGAAUAUAAAUUUGUAGAUACCAUUCUUGUUAAAAAAAUUAAUUUAUUUUUUCUAAAUUCUUUGUAUUAUUAAGCUUGUUACCAGCAGAAAUGAAAUUGAUAACAAAUUUCUCUUAUAAUUUUUAAAAUUUAAUAGGAAUAUGUAAAUCUCUAGUUUUAUUAUGUUUAAUUCUUUUUGUAUUGUAAAAUUCAGAUAGUUUUCUUACAUUGUGACUUCAUGGAUUUAUGAUUGAUGUAAAUAUUGUAAAUUUGUAUGGAUAGAGUAUAUAAUAUUCAAUAAAUAAGAAAUGAGAGUAUAUAGUUGGAGUAUUUUUUAUUAUUUAUGGUUCAUUCCUUGUUAUUAAAUGUGCUUUAAAAUAUACUUAAAAAAACACAAUAAUUAUUUAUUUUGUAUAUGAAUAUUCCUAUCACCCUCGAGCUGUUCUGUGGCAUA